UGCAGGCGGCUGAAGGGAGGAGUUGGUAGCUUGCUGUCACUGUGUUUGUGAGCUAACAGCGCUGAGUAGUUUGUACAUUGCGUUAAAGGGAAGAGUAACAAACUACAAGCACAUUUCUCAUAUUUUAAUCUUCACAAGUGCUGAAACGUGCCAAUUAUUCUGCCAGAGACGACGGAAAAAGGCGAGAAAGACUGCAAAAAAGAGGGGGCGUGACUACUUGUCAGCUAGCGGCUCCAAGCUGCUCACACUGGAGGCACGGCGCCAGGCUAUGUGCUGUCUAAAGCCAGCCACCAAGAAAAAAACAGAGAAGAUAGUAAAAAGGUAGAAGAUUCCUGGAGUAGUCGUGGAGAACGACGUAAAGGAAACGAGCUAUAGCACUGCUGCAGAAGCUACCUACGUACCUACCACACCUCCUUAAAGGGCUCUGCCAGCUUGAUCUAGUUUGAUAUCUUCAAAAACCAGCGAGGCUUAGAAGAUCAUCAGCUAGUUAUGUGAGCACUGAGGUGUUUGGGUUGGUGUUGGCACGAGCUAAGGUAAAGAAAGUAGUUGGUUCUAAUGUUGUGGGAAGACAGAAUGUGUGGGAAGGGCGUUAUGAUGGUGGGCCACUGGACGGAGACCUGCACUGAGAGUCACAGCAGUAGUAAUGGAGGAGGAGGCAGCAGCAGGUUCUCAAUCAAAGGCAAAGAAGGCGUCAAGGAGGAGGCUAAGAGAUCCGAGAGCCACGUAGAGGAACAACGCAAGUGGCACAAGUGUGCCAAGAGCCAUGUUGGUGGGCAUCAACAGCAUCGCUUCAGGCGAAGAGGGCACUAUAACUACCAACAGCAACACAACCACCGAAGAGUCCAGUCCAGGCACAGACACCGCCUCUCCAGCAUGUCCCUACGCCCUGCCAACGUCAAAGGCAACCGUGCGCCUGGCAUGAGGGCCCCAAGGAACACCAACCAGUUCCUCAUGCACGAGAAGUACCAGCUCAUGCACAUGCGCUCCGACUCAGUGGGCACGGACAGUGGCUCAGACUGCGAGCUGGACUGCUUCACAGAUAUGGACGCCUACCUGGGCGUUCUGGAGAACGCUAGAGGCGCCCUCAUGGACAGCCCCGACUUCCCCUCGCCCCCCACAGCCCGAUUCACCGCACGGCCUGGCACCGCCAGCCUGGGAGUCGAGUGCCGGGGCAUCGCCAUCUUCAGCUUCGCUCAAGCGGACCAAGAGGAGAGCAUGCAGUACUUCCCCUCCGAGGACGACGUCCUGCAGAGCGAGGACUUCAUGAGGAAGGACUUUAACGCCUUCUGUGCGGCGGUGGAACCCUGUUUAUAGAGUUCCAAGGUAAUAAAUACGUAUAUGUAUAUGUGACAUCCGGACCCAUAAGUUAUUAUUGAUAAACUUACAUUGUUGUAAGCCAUUUUUUUGUGCAGCUGUCAUACGUAUGUCACGGUUUAAAUAAGAUGUCUAUUCCCUGUUUUAUUAUUCUGUUUGUUUUUCUAAGUGAGGCUCGUGGUUUUUCGGACUGCGUGAGCCAAUUCUUUUGGAGCUUUGUGCUUUUUAAACUUUCACGAUUCAAGAAUGACAUUCAAUUAAACAAUGCAUUGAUUUCACAA